AUGUGCCAUGCGCGUCCCCACACCGAGCAAGAGCACUCAAGACCAGAUGACACUGGCCUGCAGCAACAGCAGCCUACGCUCGCAUUGAUGGGCCUUCUCCCCCGCCUGACCCACUUGGCCAUCCACAGCAACCCAUCACCUUCUCAAUCCCCCCUGCCCGCACCCAGCAUGGUGCCGCACCUCCCCCCCAUCCUCACCUUCCUGCGCAUCCACUCCCCCCCAUGUGCGCCCCUGCCCGUGCUGCCGCACCUGCGCACGCUCAUAGUGGGGUCCUACCCGCACUCCUCGCGCUUCCUCGCGUUGCUCUUGCUCUUCCCCGCCCUCACUGCCCUCCGCAUCUUCAACCUCUCCACGCACAACCACCACUGCGCCCUCUCCUGCCCUCCCCACCUCAAGUCGCUCCAAAUCUGCCACUCCAACACGCCCCUCCUCCCCGACUGUCUGCACCUCUUCUCCUCCCUCACUCGCCUCCACCUCUUCCAAUGCACCCCGCUCCGCGCCCUCCCCUCCUUCCUCUCCGUCUUCUCCUCCCUCACCCACUUCAACUUCGGUCGUGGCUACGACCCUGUUGUGCUGCCUGUGGGGCUUCAAGGCCACCACCACGAGAUGAGAGCAGCAGCAGCAGCAGGUGUCAACGGUUCUUCUCUCUUCUCCUCCGCGUGGCUCCCCUCUGACUCUCCCUUCUGGGUCAUCCACUCCUCCCCCACCUCCCCCUUCUCCCUGCUCUCCUCCUCCCACCCUCCCUUCACCCUCCCCACUCCCAUCACCCCCUCCUCCCUCUCCACCUGCUUCACCCACCAUCUAACCACCUGGCGCCCCCUCUCCCCCAUCUGGUUCGCCUCGCUCCCCUCCCCCUCCUCCCUCGCGCACACCCUCGCCCGCUACCCCAACCUCUCUACGCUCGCCCUGCCCCUCGUCUCCACCACGGCCUGCCCCCUCCGCCCCUCCCAUCUUCGCUCUCUGCUCGCCGCUGCUGCCGCUCUCCCUGCUCUCACCUCCCUCUCCUUGCUCCUGGAGCCCGGCUUCUCACCCAACCACCAGUGGGGGUAUGGACGGGACGACUGGUGGGCGGAUGCGGGGAUGGAGAGGAAGGUGCGGCGAUGGUGGGGAGAGGCGAGCCAGGAGAUGGAGAGGGGGCUGUUUGCCGUGCUGAAGAGAUGCCGGGGACUCAAGCAGCUCUGCAUUCAAGGGGACACCCUCACAGACCGGCUCAAACUCCCCGACUCGCUCUUCCUGCGCUGCCCCCAACUCACCGCCCUCUCCCUCCCUCUCUCCCGCCUCCCCUCCUCCCUCCUCCUCCUCUCGCGCCUCACCUCCCUCGCCCUCGCCCUCCCAGAAGACCCCAUGCCUCCGCAGCUCUCCCUCCCCUCCCCCUUCGCCCUCCUCCACUCCCUCCGCUCGCUCGCCCUGCACGUGCCAAGCACCCUCAAACGCCACUACCCCCCUGGGGAUGGCACCAGCUGGAGCGGCGUACUGCUGCCUCUCUGCAACCUCACGUCCCUCUCUCUCUCCCACUACCUAUUCUUCCCCCCUCUCAUCCGCCACCUCACCCGCCUCACCUCGCUCUCCCUCCCAUCCCUCCACCGUGCACAAGGCUCCGGAGUCAACAACACCGCGCCCUGCUCUCUCCGCCACGGCCUCUCUCGUCUCACUCGCCUGGAGGACCUCUUUUUCGGUUGUGACAACCGCUGCGAGAGCUCCGACUCUGCCUGCCUGCCUCGCCUGCCCCGUCUGCGUCGCCUGCGCGUGCAAUGCCCCGAUGAAACCGUGCACGUGGCUCGGCUCAUCGCAGCUGUGGCACCAUCCCUCGAGCAGCUGGACGUUCGAGCUGACUACCGCAAUUAUACCUCCGCAGAUCUUUGCAGCACGGUUAGGUGGCGCAGAAACGGCGAUGAGUGGAGGGCGCCUGUGUGUGAGCAGCCGAAGGUGCUGCAGCUGGUGACGUCAGGCCCUGCUUCCAAUGUGGACAUGGCGCUCUUCCCUGCCCUGGAGCACAUGGCACUCGCUGGCAGCCGAUAUGUGCUCUGGCAAGUGGAGAGUGGCUUCUCUGCCAACCUGCGCUUCCUGCACUUGGACCAUGCAAAGCUGUCGGGGUAUGGCAGUGACAGUCAGCUGACGCAGCUAACGGCGCUCACCACUCUGGUGGUGGACGACGCUGACUGCCGGGACUUCCUAGCAUGCCUCUCCUGCUUCUCCUCCCUGCACACCCUCCGCCUCUCCAACAUCACCAGAGGCUGCUCUGAGCCCUAUCUCACAUGCCCGCCUCGCCUCGCCACGCUUCAAAUAUGUCGCUGCGACCUGCCGCACCUCCCAUACUCUUUGGUGAAAUUCUCCCGCCUCACUCGUCUCGACCUCCUCCACUGGCGCCGCUUGCACUCUCUCCCGCCUUUCCUCUCCGCCUUCACAUCGCUCCGCCAUUUCAGAGUUACCGCCGAUGGCCCCAUACCCCACGUGCCGGCGUGCCUGAAGGAAUUUCUAAAAGGGAAGGAAUGGUACGAGCAUUCGCCUUGUGAGGGGAGCUUUGGGGAUUGA